CGUGUGGUUCUCUACGAGUAGUAUAUUUUCUAGUAGGGAUGCAAUAACUCAGUGAAUUGACUAUCUGAAUUUUUAUUUUGUUGGCAAGCUUUCGAAUCCUCACGUUCUAAUGCCUAUAUUUUGUAUAGUUUUUUUACACCAAUUUCAAAUUUGAUAAUUCAAUGAAAUAAAGCCACGUGUCUAUAUAUAAUUCAACGUUAUGGCUGACCAAAAGCUGAACAACCCCGCUUCUCGUCUUCCUUCCCCAAAACACACACACCAACAUUUCUUCAACAAAGCAUAAAAAAAUACCAGGCUUUAGAGUGUUUAUUUUAUAGUUGAGUUUAGAGUAAUGAAGGAUCAGAAUUUGGAUCUAUUCGACCCGAGGACAGCUGUUAUGGACCCGGAAUACUCACCUACCCGUACCCGUGACCCGGAUUUCGGGUUUGCCUUCAAUGAUAGCAACUUCUCUGACCGGGUCCUCCAGAUCGAGAUUAUGGGCGACCCGCAACCCGAUUCGGAUAGCUUUCACUCUCAGAGUUUAGCUGAUUGGGCCCGCAAUCGUAAACGACGUAGAGAAGAUAUCAACAAGGAUAUGGCUCUGGAUAUCACUACUUGUCCAGAAGAGCAGGUUAUAAGUUGUAACCAAAAUGAUACUGAAGAUGUUGAGAACGAAAAUCAAGAUGAAUCAGUUGUUGCAAUGAUCGAAGAACCACAUUCAGGAGAUGAAGCCACUAAUGCUGAUAAUGAUUCAUCUUGGAACUUUGAUUCUCCAAUAGUUGUUAAUGUUAAAACCUUACAUAUCAGCUCCCCCAUUUUAGCAGCAAAGAGCCCAUUCUUUUACAAGCUCUUCUCCAAUGGGAUGAGGGAGUCUGAGCAAAGACAAGUAACUCUAAGAAUUAAUGCUUCAGAGGAAGCUGCACUGAUGGAGCUCCUGAAUUUUAUGUAUAGCAAUACAUUGACCACUAAUACAGCACCUGCUUUAUUGGACGUACUCAUGGCUGCUGACAAGUUUGAAGUAGCUUCGUGCAUGCGGUAUUGUAGCCGGCAACUGCGUAAUUUACCUAUGACUCCAGAGUCCGCUUUGCUGUAUUUGGAGCUUCCUUCUAGCGUCCUGAUGGCUGAAGCAGUUCAGCCAUUGACUGAUGCCGCAGAACAAUUCCUAGCUGCAAGAUACAAAGAUAUUACCAAGUUUCAGGAAGAGGUGAUGAAGUUGCCUCUUGCGGGAGUAGAGGCUAUUUUGUCCAGUGAUGACCUCCAGGUAGCAUCAGAGGAUGCUGUAUACGACUUUGUGUUGAAGUGGACAAGGACUCAUUAUCCACAAUUAGAGGAACGGCGAGAAAUCCUUGGUUCAAGACUUGGUCGUUGCAUCCGUUUUCCUUUCAUGAGCUGUAGAAAGCUUCGGAAGGUUCUGGCAUGUAAUGACUUUGAUCAUGAAUUUGCAUCCAAGCUCGUUCUUGAGGCUCUCUUUUAUAAAGCUGAGGCUCCUCAUCGUCAGCGAAACCAAGCUGCGGAAGAAUCGUCCUCCACUUGUCGUCGUUUCGUGGAGCGUGCUUACAAGUAUCGACCUGUCAAGGUGAUUGAUUUUGAACUUCCACGGCAACAAUGUGUAGUCUACCUGGAUCUUAAGCGGGAGGAAUGUGCUAACCUCUUUCCUUCAGGAAGAGUGUAUUCUCAAGCAUUUCAUUUAGGGGGACAAGGGUUUUUCCUGUCUGCACAUUGCAACAUGGAUCAGCAAAGUUCUUUCCAUUGUUUUGGUCUCUUUCUGGGGAUGCAGGAAAAGGGUUCGGUGACUUUCGCUGUUGAUUAUGAAUUUGCAGCAAGAACAAAACCAGGGGAGGAGUAUGUCAGCAAGUACAAAGGUAACUACACUUUUACGGGGGGCAAGGCAGUUGGUUACCGCAAUCUAUUUGCCAUACCAUGGCCUUCUUUCAUCGCUGAGGACAGUCCUUAUUUUACUAAUGGUACGCUUCAUCUAAGGGCUGAACUUACUAUCAGGAAUUGAUUCCCUUGUUCCCACAAUGUCAAUUGCUACUGUUGUUUUUUGCUUCUUGGGUGAGUUCAACCCCACCGGAAACAACCUCUCUACCUCCUAAGGUAGGGGUAAGGUUUGCGUACACUUCUACCCUCCCCAGACCCCACUUUGUGGGAUUUUAUUGGGUAUGUUGUUGUUGGGUGAGUUCAACCCCCAAUGUAUCUUGGUUUGAUAAGGCAUGGAAGGCAAGGUUAGGCGAAGGCACUAACCUCUAGGUAUUGAGAUAUUUGUAUUAAAUCACUUUGGCCAUGCUCUGCAGAGAUGGAAAAGGAUGUAAAUGGAAUUCAUGAGUGAAACGUUGGUUAUUCUGAUAUGUUCAAAUAGUACACAGGUUCUCCUGA